AUGAAUCCUUAUCUUCCCCCCGAAACUUUGACCCAAAUAUUUUCUUUCCUCCCAAAGGAAGAUAGUUUGGCGUCGUACGCGACCGUCUGCAAGACAUGGCAGGCCAUUUUGGAGCGUCGGACCUUUUCUACCAUAUGUCUCACCCCUUCUCGACUCCCAGAAUUCCGUCGUAUACUCGGUCUUCUAGGCGGUGCACCCUCAAGUCAGUCUAGGCAACGGCGGGACAAUGUCACGCGCCUUGAAUUCAAAGUUAUACUUCCAGAAUACGAUAUUCCGGCCCGCGCGGCUCGCGAAAAUAAAGCCGACCGUAAUCAGAACAAUCAGACAUUUACGGCCGCAUUGAAAGCCCUAUGGGAAGCUCUGAGCGAGUGGCCCGAAGAUAUGAUUCAGAUUUCUCUAUUCCUCUGUGCCCAGUCUCCGAGUGACUGCCUAGCGGACCCCGACGUAAGCGGAAGGCUAAGGCGAUUAUUGCAACAAAGUGCUGGCGACUUGUUCGAAAGGAGAUAUGAAAAUUCUUUUCUUGAGCUAACGCAGGAUGCGUCUACGCUACCGCCAAUCGAUAUAAUUGGCGAACUCGAGAUUAGGACUGUUAAAUAUCGAAAGAUUGCAUCAGAAGCCAUGUUUAGAAUUAUUUCCCGCCUUCCACGAUUGAGAACACUUCGGGCUGAGAUCGAUGACAAUGAAAGAGACAGUAUAUUGCGAAACUUUCUACGUCAAGAAUUUGCUCUAAGCAUUGAUGAAACGCCCAAAUCUCUCCAAAGUCUCAUUUUGGUCCCUCAUAAAACUCUCUUUCAGAACACGAACCUCCCUACAAUAUCUGGUCGUGGCAAAGACUCCCUAAGUCUAGCUUUAUCUAAUAUGAGUCAACAGCUGCAAUAUAUGGAGCUAGAUACUCUUAUGGUUGGACCAGAACUCUUCUGGCCGCCAACUAAGGUAGGUCAGUUAUGUUGGCCGAAACUCACCACUUUCAAAUUGAGCUACACAAGUGCCACCCCUUCCGGAGAUUGGCUUCUAGAGGAGGACCCAAGAUGGAAAGAAUUUGAAAGCUCCGAGUCCGACCUUGAAGAAAUGGAGCCCUGGGAGCUUGCUCUACCUCAUUAUCUCCGCCUAGAAAAGAUCCGCACAAAGCCCACCAAUGCCGUGAAUGAAAUAUAUCUAGCUGCAGGGCGGGCCGCUCAAUAUAUGCCCCGCCUGCGAACCAUGAGUUUACGUUCUCUCGCUGAACACGAGCACCCUAGUGGACUUCAGCAUGUCUUUGAAAGACAUGCCCAACAUUGGUUUUGUUAUGAGCGCUCUGAAGGCAAAGCUACAUGGGUCAGUUCUGGGGAAUUUCACGCUACAAAGGAUGUUCGUGAGGUCUGGAAUAUGGUAGCCAAAAGCCAUGGCCACGACCAGAUCACGAUUGAAAACCUAGGGUUUCGUGGAGUGGCACCAUCCCUUUUGACAUGCAAGCCUGGGGAAAUUGAUGAAGAGUUCAGAAAACGCGAGCGGUGCUUUUCAUGGGAGGCUUGA